GCUUGCGUGAGCUGGGAGAAUUGCGUGGACCCUCCAGAGCUGGUUUGAGGGAUAAUCCUUCUACCACAGGAACACUCGUCUCUGGUCAGGAAGGAGACAGAACCUGGACAGGUGGCCGCUCGCUGGCAAACGUCCCUUCCAGGACACCUCCUUUUCCGGGUACGCCGAGCGCUUUGCCAGCGGGCGGGCCUUCCGGGAGGGGUGGGAAGUGGCUCGUGUCUCUGGCAGGAGGCGGGUGUGUGUGCGGGUGUAGACCCGAAUCCUGCGGGCGGGCGGAGGGGCCGCAGGCCUGAGGCGAGGUCCCCCGAGGCUGCGGCUGCUCGGCCGGGAGGCGGCCGUUCGUUCCUCCGGUGGGGCGGCGCAGCGAGGGCCCCUGCGGGGGCUCUUCCGAAGCCCGUGCCCUCACCUGAAGGAGGGCCGUCCUGCGCUUGCCCGGCUUCCCCGGCGCGCUGCCGGCCUUCUCAGGGCGGAGGGCCUCCCCCUUCCACCGUGCGGCUCAGGUCACCGCUGCCAUGGCUUUGCGCCAUCGGCCGGAUGCCCCGGAGCUGCCUGACUUCUCCAUGCUCAAGAGGCUGGCCCGAGACCAGCUCCUCUAUCUGCUGGAGCAGCGUCCAGGAAAAAAGGACUUGUUCAUUGAGGCAGAUCUCAUGAGCCCUUUGGAUCGAAUCGCCAAUGUCUCCAUCCUAAAGAUUGUGCUUCUUGGUCAGACCUCGCAUCAAGAAUAUGCGGUAGACAACGAGGGGGGAGUCAAGGAAGGGAGGGAAUACGGGGAUAUGUGUAUAAAAACAUAUGAUUGAACUUGGUGUACCCCCCCAAAAAAUAAUAAAUAAAUAAAAUUUAAAAAA